AUGGUAUGGCCAUUGACAUAUGCAGACGAUAUUGUGCUAAUGGCGGAUAGAGAAGAGGAGCUAAAGGAAAUGCUAAAGAGAUUCGAAAAAUUUUUAAACGAAACCGAAUUGGAACUAAGCACGGAAAAGAUCAAGAUAAAAAACGGCAGUGAUGAGAAACACAUACAAGAGAGGAAAAAGAGAGCAACAAUAGCAACGAAGAAAACAUGGAGCGUGGGAGAAAGAAUUUUCAAACAGGACUACAAGAGGAGAAUAAAGAUGUUUGGAGCAGAGAUAUGGGGCUGGAACAUGGAAGAAAGGUUGGAUAAAAUACAAAGAAGAUAUGUGAAAUGGAUCUUAGGUUUAGGUAUGACAACGCCGAAUUAUAUAUUGAUAGAAGAAUGCAAGCUAACAGAAAUCAAAGAAAAAGCAUUAAGAAGAGCAGCAAAGUAUGAAGGGAGAGCCAUAGAGUCAAAAAAGGAACUAAAGAGGUGA